AUGCGCAAGCCAUACCGCUUCUACAGCCUUAGCCGGCCCAAGCUGCGGCAAUCGUGGAACAAGUAUAACCUCUACAACCUCUACCGUCAGGUUGGCCGCGAGCCCCAAAUAAGGGGAACGCCGACUUUUUUCCAGCAGAAGUGGGCUGCCAAGGCAAAAACGAGAGCGUACCACGGUGAGCACAUACCGGAGAAGAAAUGGGUGCGCCAGUUUUCCCGUCGACUCCUGUCCGCCGUCGAUCUGCCUCCCCAGUAUCUGGCUGCCAAUGAUGGCUCCGAGCAGGCCGCAGGGCGUGGAUCCGGCUUGACAACAUCCAAUGUAACAGCCGACUCGUACUCAAAAGUCCCCGGGCUCAGCAUGCAAGAGAAAUCACGACGGAAGCCGCCACCAUUCGGAGAUGUCAAUAAGCUGCUGUCAGACCAGUUUUCCAAAAUGACGCCUUACAUGCAAAUGACGUUCGCUCCCCUCGAACGGAGGCUGGACACGGCAGUGUUCCGAGCUUUGUUUGCGAGUAGUGUCCGACAGGCUCGACAGUUUGUCAUCCAUGGGGCCGUCAUGGUCAAUGGUAAAAAGGUCGACAUCGAAAAAGUCAUGUAUGGCACAGGGCAGCAGAAACAACCCGAGGGAAACAAACGCCUGCGCGAAAACCUUCAGUCACGCAAGAAGAAGGCCGAUGAAUUCUUGAAAGGCAUCGUGGACCAGUCCUCGGGCGGCAAGGCGACACGACAUGCUUUGGCAGAAUCCACUGCCACGCGUGCAGGUGAUGGAGAAGACCCGACCAGUUCAAGCAAAGACGUCGCUGCAGACGAGGCCGAAGCCACUCCCAGCCAUGAUUUGGCGAGCUCAGGAAUCGAAUCUUUGACGCAAGGGGAGACGUGGGAAAUGAACAAUAAGACGCUCAGGUUUCUCCUCAAGGACGUCAGGAAGUUGUUGCAAACCAACCCCAAAGAUCUCACAGCCAAGGAAAAAAAGCAACUCCGGCUAUUUCGGGCCGAUGCCAAACGCUUCCUGUCACAUCCCGAGGACAGCGAAAUGAAUGCGCAGGACUUGAUGGAGGAUCUUCAGCUACAGAUGAAGAGUCACGAGCUUAUGCGCGAGAGCUUCGAAAAACUUUCCUUGAAACCUCGCGAGGAAAUGUCCGGCGCUCCUGAGGGAGAACAAGAAGUGGAACAACACAACAGGAAGCGGCAGAUGGAUAAGGGUCUAGAAGGGCUCUCGGAGCAGCAAAAGGAGAAGGCGAUACAAAUCAUGGGUUCCUCUCAGUUGUCCAGAGAAGAGAUGCGCAAGCUGGGAAAGCUUCUCCAGUAUGACCAGGAGAACCCCAUCGAUGACAGCAAGCCGUACGCCACACCAUGGCGACCGCGACCUUUCAUGUCGGCUUUUGCUUUCAUUCCUCGCUACCUCGAAGUCAACCCCAACAUUUGCGCCGCAGUCUACCUUCGUCACCCGGUGGCUCGAAAGGGCAUGGCGGAGGUUCCUACGCCAUUCAGCUACUUGACGAACCAGCUGACGCACAACUGGUACUUGGAGCGAGGCUGA